AUGUUCGAAGAACCAUCAAAAUCCCUCGAUGAACCAACAACAUCAACUGAUGAUAGUAAAAAAGAUUAUGGAACAAAUAAAUGUAUGCAAAUUCUUUGCACUCGUUCACUCCUAUGCAGUGCUAUUUAUUUUGCACUCGCUUACUUCAUUCAAGGAAUAACCGAUAUUGCAUCUGGAUUUGUUAAUUUACCAUUACAAACUAUAUUAAAAGAUAGACUUCAUCUAUCACCAUCUCAAAUGGGUACUUUUUUCUUUACCUGUACAGUAACUUGGUCUAUCAAACCACUCUAUGGAAUUCUUAGUGAUUUUGUACCGAUAUGUGGUUAUCAUCGACUUAUAUAUCUUUUAGUAACUACAGCAAUUAAUUUAUGUGCAUGGAUUGCUCUUUAUUUUGCUCCAACAGAAUACAAUUAUUUAUUAAUUUUCUGUGUUUUAGCAGCAUUUUCACUUGCAUUUAAUGAUGUUCUAAUUGAUGCACUAAUGAUUUCAAUUGGUCGACCAUUGGCAUUGAUCGGUACAUUACAAGGUAUUCAACAAACAUCGGCUAAACUUGCGGCAACUAUUUCACAAAUUCCAGCUGGUAUUCUUGCAUCAAAUUCUGUAUCAUUUCAGUAUAAUCAAACAUUAAAUAAUAAUAAUAAUACAUUGAAAAAUAUUAAGCAAAAUUCAGAUUUAAAUAAAUAUAUUUUUUUAAUUGCUGCAGCUUGCCCAAUUAUAUUAUUUUUUGCAACGUUGAUUACAGUACGUGAACGUCGUCGAAAAUUAAAUAAAAAUAAUUUUACUCAAACAUGGUCAAUUUUAUCAGGAAUAUUUCAAUAUAAACGAUUUUGGAUUAUAGCUAUUUUUCUUUUUAUUUAUUCAGCAUCACCACAAAUCAAAACAGCAUUAUUUUAUUAUCAACGUGAUAAACUUCAUUUUAAUCCAUUUUAUGUUUCAAUAUUAAAUACACUUUACAAUGGUUGUGGUAUAUUAUCUGCAUUACUUUAUUUAUCAAUAUUUUCUCAUUAUCCAACAAAACGUGUAUUACGUAUAGCAAUUGUUAUGCGUAUAUUUGCUGUUGCAUCCUAUUUAUUUGCAAUAGACAAAAUGACAUCAAUAUGUGUUGCUAUUAUUACAGGUUUUUGUUCGGAAAUAACAAAUUUAGCAAUACUUCAUUUAGCAGCAAAAUCUUGUCCAAAAAAUAUUGAAGGUACAUUAUUUGCAUUAUUUGUAUCGUGUGUUAAUUUUGGAGCAGCAACUGGUGAUUGGCUUGGUUCAAUUAUAUAUCAAUAUUUAGGUUUUAUUGCACUUAUUAUAAUAGCAAUUAUUUGGAUUGGUACAACUAUAUUAGUAACAUGUCAUAUCAAUGAACAUGGUAUUAACUCAACACCAGAUGAUGAUGAUGAAAUUGAUGAUAAAUAUCAUUAUUAUAAUGUUAUAGAAAAACAAAUACAAACAAUUGAAAAUGAAGAUUCUGAUGACAAAGAAACAAAUUGUUCGUCUGGCUAA